AUGCCGAUUCAACGUAAACGCCUUAAGAAUGGAGGAGAUAUCAGUUCAGAUCUGGAGGCUCUUCGAAUGGAGGAUUUGGAUUCUUCUGCCCAGACCCCUACCUUGCCGAAACCCCAACUCACCUAUGCUAGCACUCUCAAAAACCCUGUUGACCGAUAUAGACAGACUAUGACUGAGGAAUUUGACUUCACUGAUGCUGACUGCACCUACUCUCAAGGUAAGCAUGGCCAGAAUGUUUCGUUUUCUGAUAAAGUUCAUAAUAAGCUGGAUUUUGAGUGGAGGUGUGCUAUUGUGGUCAAGCUCAUGGGAAAACCUAAUUCCACUAACACCUUUGAGUUUAUGUUAAGAGGAUUGAGGAAGAAAUGGCAGGUCAAAGGGGGUUGGCAACUCAUUGACCUCCCCAAUGACUUUUUCAUUGUGAAAUUUAAUCUGGAAGAAGAUAUGAACAAUGCUCUCUGUGGUGGCCCAUGGAUUUUGGCUGGACAAACGCUCGUUGUUCAGAAGUGGAGACCUGAUUUUGACCCCAUGAAUGAACAUAUUGGUAAGAUGGCUCUAUGGGUAAGAAUUCUUGGCCUACCUGUGAAGUACUUUAAGGACUAUGCUGUUGCUAAAAUUGGAAAAGUCCUAGGAGAUGUUGUUAAGGUGGAUAAGCUCACAAUUGGUCAAGCCAGAGGCAAGUUUGCUCGAGUGUGUAUUGAGAUUGAUUUGAACAAGCCGCUACGCCCGUAUGUUGAAGUUGAAUCUAUUGCUUACCAGGUUGUCUAUGAAGGGAUUUCUCUAAUCUGUUUUGAGUGUGGAUGUUUUGGCCAUUCUAAAGACAAUUGUCCUAGCAUUAAAACUUCUGAGAAUGCAACUGAUUUGCAGCAGGCUAAUUCCAAUGAAACUGACCAGUCCCCAACGGGUGAUAAGGACAUUGAUGGUAAUGAGAUGGGUAUGACUAUUAUGCAGCAUGAUUCUGACUCUACCUCUCCCAAUGUUGUUAUCAAGGAGGACAUGGGGCCAUGGAUGCUAAUGAGUUAUAGGAAUAAAAAAAGAGUUGGUGAGACUAGUGGAGCCAAGAAAAAUGUUUCUGCUGGGUCCAGAUUUGCUAUUCUCCAGGAUGAAAGUGAGCUGGAUUCUAAAUUGAAUGACCAGAUCACCAACAACAAGGCCUCUGAUCGUUCUCCUGCUAUUGUGAAGCUUUGGCAUAGUUUCCAAGAGAAAAAGAAGAAUGUCUCAAGCCCUGGUAAAGAUAAAAGUGUCAAGACCUCUACUGCCCCUCUACAAAAUGCCAAUAUGUCUGGUAAACAAACCUCUACUGUGAAGCAAUUCCCCAAUAAAGAAAAACCAUCUAGUGCUAACUCCAAGGGUUUGUCUCGAGUUCCCAUGAAGGAUGUGUCUAAUUUUGGAAGCAGUAGUGGCUUCAAGACUGAUCUGCACUAUCAAAGGAAGGCCAAAGGGCUGAGUACAUCCACUGCCAAGCAACAACCUCAUAUUUUCAAAAAACUCUCUUUUGAUAAUGUGAGUUCUGAUGCCUUAGGCAAAGGAAUUUCAGCUAUACUUGGUCAUUGCCCCCCUGAGGAGAUUGUGCCAGAAAAUUUGAUGCAAUCUUCCUCUGACCAGGUUUCUAUGAUUUUUGUGGAAAAGACCUUUGCUGAAAAUAGCAUGAUGACUAAUGAAGACAGCCUGCCUCCUCGAGUGGGGGAGGGUAUGGUUGAUGUCUAA